GGAGGGGACGGGAGGGGAGGCGCCGCCGCCCAGCGGAGCUCGGACCUUCGGCGCCGGGAGCCCUUGCGGAGGCGCGGGGCCGGAGCCGCCCGCCUCUCCACGUCCCCGGGCGCACGCCGCCCGCCCGCCUCCGGGCCGCCCCGCGCUCCGCGCUCCGGGCUCCGGGCUGCCUCCCCCGCCGCGCCCGCCGCCGCCGCUCGGAGCCCGCGGCAGGGGCCCUGGCGAGCGGCGCGGGCCUUGGCGGGGCCCAGCGCCCCGGCCCGGGAGGAUGCGGCCCGGGGCGGCCGGGGAGCUGAGCUGGGCCCCCGCGCCGACCCUCUGGGGCCCGGGCCUCCGGAGCCGCCGCCGCCGCCCCGCCCCCGACAGACAUGACUUCCAAGCCGCAUUCCGACUGGAUUCCCUACAGUGUCUUAGAUGAUGAGGGCAGCAACCUGCGACAGCAGAAACUCGACCGGCAGCGGGCCCUGCUGGAGCAGAAGCAGAAGAAGAAGCGCCAGGAGCCGCUGAUGGUGCAGGCCAAUGCCGACGGGCGGCCUCGGAGCCGGCGGGCCCGGCAGUCGGAGGAGCAGGCCCCCCUGGUGGAGUCCUACCUCAGCAGCAGUGGCAGCACCAGCUACCAAGUUCACGAGGCCGACCCACUUGCCAUUGUGCAGUUGGGAGCUGCCCGCCCAACAGCACCAGCCUCAGCCAAGAGAACCAAGGCCGCAGCCGCCUCGAAGAAGGGGAAGAAGGGGAAGCACAAAGGCACCGGCGGGCCAGCCGCUCUGGCCGAAGACGAGGCUGAGGCGCGAGGCCCGGUGCAGAUCCUGACCGUGGGCCGGCUGGACCCCGCCCAGGGCGCAGGGGCGACGGCAGCCGGCGCGGGCACGGCGCCCAGCGGGCAGGACCUCCGUGCCACGAUGCAGAGGAAGGGCAUCUCCAGUAGCAUGAGCUUUGAGGAGGAAGAGGAGGAUGAGGAGGAAUACAGCUCCAGUUCCUCCCAGCUAAACAGCAAUACCCGCCCCAGCUCAGCCACUAGCAGGAAGUCCGUCAGGGAGGCAGCCUCAGCCCUCAGCCCAUCAGCCCCCGAGCCCUCGGCAGAAGUUGAGGUCCAGGAUCUGGAGGAGUUUGCACAGAGGCCAGCUCCCCAGGGCAUCACCAUCAAGUGCCGCAUCUCGAGGGACAAGAAGGGGAUGGACCGGGGGAUGUACCCCACCUACUUCCUGCACCUGGACCGAGAGGACGGGAAGAAGGUGUUCCUCCUGGCGGGAAGGAAAAGGAAGAAGAGCAAAACAUCCAAUUACCUCAUCUCCGUGGACCCUACCGACUUGUCUCGAGGCGGGGACAGCUACAUCGGGAAACUGCGAUCCAACCUCAUGGGCACUAAGUUCACCGUCUAUGACAACGGAGUCAACCCCCAGAAGGCGUCCUCCUCCACACUGGAAGGUGGGACCCUGCGCCAGGAGCUGGCCGCCGUGUGCUACGAGACAAACGUCUUAGGUUUUAAGGGACCGCGGAAGAUGACGGUGAUUGUCCCAGGCAUGAACAUGGUUCACGAGAGAGUCUGUAUCCGGCCCCGAAACGAGCACGAGACGCUGCUGGCGCGCUGGCAGAACAAGAACACGGAGACUAUCAUCGAGCUGCAAAACAAGACGCCUGUCUGGAAUGACGACACGCAGUCCUACGUUCUCAACUUCCACGGGCGCGUCACCCAGGCCUCCGUGAAGAACUUCCAGAUCAUCCACGGCAACGACCCGGACUACAUCGUGAUGCAGUUCGGCCGCGUGGCGGAGGACGUGUUCACCAUGGACUACAACUACCCGCUGUGCGCGCUGCAGGCCUUCUCCAUCGCCCUGUCCAGCUUCGACAGCAAGCUGGCCUGUGAAUAGAGGCCUCCUCCCGUCCGUCGGGCCUGCCCGCCCCCUGUACAUAGGCCUCCUGCCGAUGAACCCGUGGCUCUCGGGGGGGCCGCCUGGCCCCGCUGGCCAGGAACUGGCUCCGCCGCCGCCGAGAGGCAGAGAAGUGGGGUGUGUGUAAAGGGCCCACGGUGAAUUCUCUCUGUGCCCCAGGAUCCACACACACACACACACACACACACCCAGUCUUGGGUUAGCGUCCUGCUGCAGUCGUGUUUGCCAAGCUGCGAAGGCAGGAAGAGGUGUAGAGAGAGGAAGCACAAUGCCGGGCUGCUGGGGCCCAGCCACCCACUCCACCAGGAGUCCACGGCCCCGGGUCCCCACAGGGAGGGGCACAGUGAGUGUGGGUGUGGAGGGCCGUCUCCGUCACCCAGCAAAGGGCUUGGCAGCCGAGCCUGGCCCUUAGCUGCAGGAAGUCCCUGACCUCAGCAGGCCUCAGCCAAGCCUGGGAGAGGUCACAGGUAGGGGAAGGGUCAGUGGCAGGACCCUGUCAAGGUUGCAGGGGCCUGGCGGUGGGAACUGCCUGGUGGCCUCGGCUUCUAGUGCAUUUGAUUUCUCUAGGUUUUCCCUGUGCACAGAGGCAGCAGGAGGCCAGCCCUCAAGGCCAGCUGUCUUAUGGGGCCUGCAGGACACAGGCUCAGCAUACGGGAGGUGCGUGGACGGGCAUCCUGGACCAGGCUGUCCUGGGAGCUCUGCCCAGCAGUCUGUACAGGAAACAUGGACGGCCUACGUCACCAGCCCGACUCCACACAGGUAGGCGUGCCCGGCCGGGGCUGGUGAGCUCCACGUGCUCUGCCUGGGCUUCAGCUCCUGCUGCCGUGAGCCGAGGUCGUGGCUGCUGAGGGCCGCCCUGCGAGUCCUCGGGAGGAUGGGACAGGCUGGGGAGGGCGGGCGUACUGCAGAAUCCCUACAGAUGAGAGGUGGCAGGACUAUUAGAGACCAACUAGUACAACUCAAAAAACAGUACUCGCCUGGGGUCACCGGGCUGGUGAGUGGCCGAGUCAGAGCCUCAGCUCCCUGGAUUUCUGUGUUCCCACCAUCCCCCCGAAAAAACCUUUUUCUCUGGCUUCCGGGCCUUCCCGGGGGCCCAGUCUGGAUGCUCUCGCCCCAGAUGAGAUGGUGCGUGUUUGGGGUGGGGAGGCUAUAGACUGAAAUGGAAACUAUUUCAGUGGAUUGGCAGUUCCCUGCUGAAAGCCGUCUCGCCUUUUGCACGUCAGACGGAUCAGGACCGACCCGUGUCUGGCUCCCCCAGAGAGCAGGCCUGGCGAGGCUGCUGCCCAUUUUUGCAUGUGGGUGUGCUGGGCAGUGCGUGUGCAGGAUGGGGCCUGAUCUCUCCUUCCCCCAACAUGCUCUUCUCCCUGAGCACAGGGGCACCCCCUCUUGCCUUUUUGUCGUUUUCCCUGGUUCACUCUGCAGAGGCUAUUGGCCCCGAUGGAGAGCAGGUCAGUGGGAAGCAAGCAGUGGUUCCUCCCGUCAGAGUAGAUGUGCUUGGGGAGCUGGGUAGAAAUGGAUGCUUUAAAAACCUGUCAGUGAGGCCUGCCAUGAGGUGAAGGAGCUGUUCUGACUCGGGUGGAGGCAGUGUGCUCAGAUUUCCCUGAAGCACAGGUUCCCGUGGGAUUCUCAGAGCAGGUUGUCUGUCAGCCCAGAUCGCCCACACCCGGCAUUUCCUUGAGGCCUCCCGGUGGGACCGUCCCCCGGGCACGGGGCCUUCUGUGGAGGGCUGCCCACUUCCCGGGGAAACCUUGCGGUGCCCUCCUCCUUCCCAUGGUCCCUUUGGCUCUUCCUUUCCUGACGUGGGGAACAGACCUGUUGCCAGUUGGGAUGAUGGAAACCAGAUGAUCUCUGCUGUCUGGUCACGCUGUUUCUCGGAGUGUGAUUUUAAGGCAGAACAGCUGGUGCUGUAUCCUAGUGAGAGGGGAUCCUGGGGGCAGCGUGGAGGAACCAGAAGCACAACGGCAAACUCCCGCUUUUGGUAGGACCAGAAUGUGGGCUGACUGCUCGCUGCUUGUGCAGGGGUAGCUUAGCAACAAGACCGUGUUGGGUAUUGAGUGAUAAACAAGAACAGUUGUCACCUGCUCGAGACCCAGCCUCAGGUCUAUUCUUACGGUCCUGUUCCUGGUGACACUGGCUGUCCUGGACCACUGCCCCAGGAUACACACACACACGCACGCCCAGGAGCUGUGGGCCCAAAGACUCGAAGCUGCCAGGGCCCCGCCUCUCCAUAGUAAGAGUUCUUGCCCUCCGCCUAGAUGGCCCUUGGUUGGCACUCGAUGAUAGAAUGGGCAGUCCCUGUGGGUGUGGGACAGCAGGCGCCCCUUCUGGGACUGCUCCUGGCUCCAUGGCUCCUUUUGGGGCCACACCCCAAACCU